AUGGCGGAUCGACGUGGUGUCCUACUGCCGCUGAUCUUCUUCACCUGGAUCUACUUCAACUCCCAAAUCGCUCAGCCAUCCUCGCGCUACAACUUUGGCCCGACUAUCGAAGAUGCUAUCGCCGAGGAGCAGCGUCAGCUCUGGGCGAUCGGAAACUCGUCAUGGGAUGCGGACUUUCGGCGCGAAGGGGCGGCAGCCAAUUUGACCGGUCUUGAGGCCGACAGAGGAUAUGCUUGGGAUGCAUUGCCGGUCAUCAGAGGCAGAGCGCAAGAGCAGCUGGAGUACGCGUUGGGAGACUGGGGCAAGGCGGCAUUGGAAGGAGACGCGCAGGGACGCAACCCUAUACCGCUGUAUAGCAACGUCACCGGAUAUGUGCUUGGGAAGUGGAGGCACUCUUCUUUGCAAGAAGGCGUGUCGAUACCGCAACUCAAUCUGACAGAAUACAUGCCAAGGGACCCUUUCGGCCAGCCUACCUUUGCUCGAAAUUUUGAAAGGAAUGUCACUGGACGGAGUGGUGAGGUUACAGUCCGGUUCAAACAGUAUGAAGGCACAUUUAUGGAACAUAGUACAACCGAGAUGGGCGUGAGUCUCGCCUUGACAGAUGACGAGACUUAUGACGAAUGGCAGAUACAGCUGCACGGUACCUAUGAUAUCAGGACUGGAUCUGGAGUGUUCGUAACAACAAGUGAUAAGUUUGGGGGCAUUUUCGCUCUCCCCUACCUCGCCCUGUCAAAACACACUUUCGAGGUUACCCGCAGUCUGCUCAACAGCUCCAUCUCGCAUGAAAUCUCCCGGCAGAUGUUGGGUCAAUCAGAUCAGCUGAAUCCAUGGACUUCCAAGAUUGCAGACAUUGGCACGGACUUCGUCUGGCCCAAAUGUGAGCUAGUGCUGUAUUUGCAGCAAAUGGCCACAGCAACGAAUAUGGAGUACGGAUCAGCCGUGCUCAGAUCUCUGGAGCGCGAGCUUCGUUUUCCCACCGGCGCUAUAACACCCGCGGCACCCCCACUUCGCUUCUCGAUGCUGGCGUUUUCUCCGGAUUGCGGAUAUGUGUUGGAGUCGCAAGGCCCACCCAACGCAUUUGCACAAGACGGCGAUCAUUUGGUUGGGCCGAAGCUCGAGAUGAGGUUCAAGCACACGCGGCGUCACCUACUCGCCUACACGUUUGUACUUUUUGCCCAGUUAUUCCUCCUCAUGAGACAAAUGCGCGAAGCCAGCACGCCUUCCACCCGCAGCAGGAUCAGCUUCUACACUACAGUGCUCCUGGUACUGGGUGACGGCUACAUCACCAUGAGCUUAGUCGUGGCAAGCUCGGAAGUUCCUGGUCUGGUCGUUCAAUUUGCCGGAGCUGGCUUUAUAGCCUUUAUAAACGUGGCUCUUUUCGGCAUGUCUUUCGUCAGGAGUAUCUGGUUAGUUCAAGAGCCGGAACGCGAGCGUGCUAUGCGAGCCGAAGUUGAAGAAGAAUUGCAGAGGGAGCAGAGACUGCUCGAACAGCCGACUCCAGGCACGUUUCCACAGCCAGCUCCUCCAGCAGCCCCUGUUGAUACAGGGGCGACGCCGAUCUUCUUCAUGCCCUCGGACCAAGAAGGCCUCCUUCCCGUCCUCGAAAACGCUCCACCACGAAACGUCGAUGCCAUCGUGGCUGCCCGUAUGCCUACUUUCGGAUCCAUCUACGUAAGGACAUACGCGCUUCUCGUAGCAAUCAUUUUCCUCAGCUUGUUUGCAGGAUCCUGGCCCGCGCCCGUCCGCCGUGUAUUCUACACCUUGCUCUCUGUCUGCUCUGUGAGCUUCUGGAUCCCUCAGAUCGCUCGCAAUGUGCAACGUAACUGCCGACAUGCGCUGCAAUGGGAAUUCGUCGUUGGCCAAAGCGUCCUACGACUAGUCCCAUUUGCCUACUUGUACAUAUACAAAGACAACGUCGUCUUUGCAGAGCAAGACUACUACAGCAUGAUAUUGCUGAUUCUGUGGGUCUGGAUACAACUCGUCCUUCUCGGCUCGCAAGAGCUUAUAGGACCUCGCUGGUUUAUCAGAUCGAAGUGGGCACCUGACGCAUACGACUACCAUCCGGUGCUGCGAGAAGAUGAGGAGGGUGGUAAUAUGCCUAUUGGCUUUAGCGAGGCCGCAGCUGUGGCGAAUGACACUGUCUUGACACCCGCAUCACCUGACGAUGAACGCACACCUUCUCGAGUGCGUCGCGCGAGUGUCGCGAAAGAGACAAAGGAAAAGGGCAAACGUGUGUUUGAUUGCGCGAUUUGUAUGCAAGACCUGGAAGUGCCAGUGGUCGAAGCUGGGGCGCCCCGCGACGGCGGUAGUCUGGGCGCAAACAUACUUGCACGCAGGACAUAUAUGGUCACGCCUUGUCGGCACAUCUUCCACAGCGCGUGUUUGGAAGGAUGGAUGAAGUUUCGACUGCAGUGUCCGAUAUGUCGCGAGACGCUGCCAAGUCUAUAG